AUUCCGAGCGAUGAUGCUUCUAGUAGGAGAUGAGCCAACAAGACGUCCGAGCAAACCGCGGCCGGGUCAUCACGCGCGAGGAUGAUGGCGGUGACGCAGUCGAGCGGCGAUUUGAGACGAUCCUCGACUGCGGGAAAGCCGACAACGGGCGCUGGCAGUACUUGGUCAAGUGGGAAGGUUUCGAGGAGCCGACAUGGCAACCGGCAACGGACCUCAGGGGCCGUGACGAUGCGAUCUAGGCGUUCCACGACGCCAGCCCCGACGAACCGGGACCGCCAUCAUGGAUCCCGAAGCGGAAGAGGACGAGCCGGGAGAAAACAGGGAAGGAGCCCUGAGGGAACUCGAAGGCGGUCACAUAACAAGUCUUGUUGCAAACAGAGCAAAGCAGCAGAAACGGCAUUUUUGAGCGAAUCUGGCCCCGAAGAUAGCUGCCCCGCCGACCUCCGCUCCACCUACCCCCACAAGAUAAAGCGCGUAUCAAGCAAAGGGCGCUCUCUGAAGGAUACAUACAGCGGGUGUUUGACACUACCGAGACCCAGCGUUGCUUCACGAUGAGCACAGCCGGUCACUGGGAAGAACGACCUGGGUGAUGAUUGAGGGUUGCGUAGAUCUAGUAACUUCCCAUUCGAUCCUUGGUUCUGUCAGUAUUCCUUAGACCGCCGGAACAUCUCUUGGGCGGCUCGAGUGAUCCAACAUCUCCCGCCUUUUCUUUGCCCGGCACCUAAGUGCAUACACCCACUCAUCACAAAGCAGCCAGACCCAGA